AUGCCUCAGGGCCAGAAGAGCAAGGUCCCUGCCCGGGAGAAACGCCACCAGGGCCGUGGUGAGGCUCAGAGUGUCGGGGGUGCUCCUGCUGCGGCAGCACCAGCCGCCGCAGCAGAGGAGCCCCCCCGCUGCCCCCCACCCGACGCGGGAGCAAUGCCCCCGGGCUCCCCCGAGGCGGGUCCCGCCCCGCAGCCCCAGGGCGCCCCGGCCCCUGGGUCUCCUGGCACGGGUCCUCCAGGCCCGCCACGUGACCAGGGCGCCGAGAACGCGGCCGCCCCCGCGGGCCCCCCGGCCGCCCGCAAAGACCCCCUCACCCGCAAGGCCAGCUUGCUGGUGCAGUUCCUGCUGGAGAAGCACAGCAGCGGGGAGCCCAUCACGCGGGCCGCGAUGCUGAAGAUGGUCAGCAGGAAGUACCGCGAGCACUUCCCCGAGAUCUUCAGGCUCGCCUCGGAGCGCAUGGAUCUGGUCUUCGGGCUCGAGCUCAGGGAGGUCGACGCCCGCAGCCAGUCCUACACCCUGGUCAGCAAGCUGGCCCUCCCGAGCGACGGCAACAAGGGGCUGCCCAAGACCGGCCUCCUGAUGGCGCUCCUGGGCCUGAUCUUCAUGAAGGGCAACCGCGCCACCGAGGAGGAGGUCUGGGAGUUCCUCAGUGUGCUGGGCGUGCACGAGGGCAGGAGGCACCUGAUCUUCGGCGAGCCCCGGAAGCUCAUCACCCAAGACCUGGUGCACCAGGGCUACCUGGAGUACCGCGCGGUGCCCGCCAGCGACCCUCCGCGCCACGAGUUCCUGUGGGGCCCGCGAGCCCGCGCGGAGACCAGCAAGAUGCAGGUGCUGCAGGUGCUGGCCAAGAUCAACGACACCGUGCCCAGCAGCUUCCCCCCGCUGUACGAGGAGGCGCUGCAAGAGCAGCAGGAGCGCGCGGCGGCCCAUGGCCGGCGCUGCGUCUAGUCAAAUCAGCUGGGGCGGCUGCUUUUCCUUGCGGUGGAAGAGGGCAGUCGACCUUCCAGGUCGUGCAGAGUCCUAGGGGUUGGAGGGGACAAAGCACAGGUCUUCUUUCUAUUUGUUCGAAACGGCUAGCUUCUAUAAACACAUACACAGUUAUAUUUAUUUAGGUGUUUUCCAAUGUUUUUUCUUGGAAUAGCUCAUUUAGUUCUAGAAUAUAAACUUAAGAAUGACAUGGCUCUCAUUUAUCGCUGUUUCACAAAUGAGAGUUACAGCGUUGGUGUCUAUCACAAAGAAAGUCACAAACCAUCUAUAUUGUAUUCGUGAUCCAAAAGCAGGUAACAAGGAAGUUUGCCUUUUUUCCCCUGUUGCACAUAAGUAAUUUGUAGGUCUAUUUUUUCUUUAAGUUUUCAGAUGUUGUUCAUUUUAAUUGAAGAUUUUGCUUCUGAAUCUAAGUUUAUUAAUGCCAUAGAUAACACAUUUAUUACUAUUCAGGUUUAAGAUUGAGUUUUGUUUUUGUAAACAAGCUGAAAAACCUUCAAUAUUUUCUUUUUGCUACAGAGCAAAGUAACAUGGCACUAGAACAGGGUUUUUCAUGGGAAUGUGGAAGAACCUCAUAGGAAAAUAUUUGGGAUCAGAACUAGUGACACAUAAGUAAAGGGUGGUUAACUCAUUGCCUUAUUCUCUUCAUCUUUGCUUUUAAAAUCAAACAA